AACAGUUAGCCGCGCAGCAAGUACGCAUUUUCUAGCAAAUAUGACGCAGUUGACUCAGAUGUAUGUAGCGUGUUGUAAUCCCCUCACGGCGAACAACUGCAAUAAACGAAGCUACUCAAAGUGAAUUUCGUGCGUAAAGCAGAUAUGAAUGAGCGGAAUGGAACCUGAGCAUAAAUCGGGGCGCAUCGUGUCAAGCUAAGAACACGAAGAUAACAUAACUAUCGCAGGUUAAUAACACGUAUAUCGUUAUAUAAAAUAGAUAAUGGCAGAUUUUGGGGUUUCACAACAUAGAGAGCAGCUGACUUGUCAAUAGGUCACAGAAAGGUUUCUCUAUUAGCGUUUAUGACUAACUCAAAUGGACAAAAAUAGCAUUCAUUUCGAAUAAAACGAGGGAUAUAUAUCUUUUGAUGGCGAACAACAUUUGAUGAGAACAUAUUGGCACUAUACUCAGAUUUUAUUUUAUUCAUUUUUUUUGAACACUUGAAUCGCUUUUGGCGCACACCUGCUUUUGGACCAAGUGUCUUCAGCGAGUACAGCGAAUAUUGUUUCCACAAGAUCUGGUUCAGAUCGGUUCAAGAAUAAACCAUUUUGCGCAGUUCGUUUUUAAAUGCCACACAUAGGUCAAAUGUCACGCUGCAAUGCGCUUCAGUUUCAGUGUUAAAACCCAGUCGUUUGACUUGAUGAAUAUUUGCACAGCAGCGGAGACGCCGUCUUGGUCAACAGCGAGUGAUUACUGUGAGUUUAUCGGUGGUGUCUUCAAUACAGCGACGGGACCCACUUCACCGCCGAGGAGCCAGCGAUGGUUUCUGAGCUGCUUCGCCGUCAACUGCUCCGGGCUCGAUCCAGUCUGGAGGCUCCCUGGCCUUGACCCGGUUGCUGGCUGCGAUCAUUGUCGGGAUAAUGGACCUGCAACGUCACUUCAUGGAGUUGUGAGGAUUCACACGGAUCAUCAUGUUUAUGCCACAAACACAAAUAUAGCCUUUGUUGCAUUGACUGAUUUUGAUGCCCCCAAAGAAUUUCUCUGGUAUUUUGGAGACUCCAGAUCUACCAGAAGUCAUUCCAGAGCCAUCUCAAUUAAAUACCAAACACCUGGCAGGUAUGAUGUGUUUGUCAUCAUGUCAGUUGGGGGGACCUCCUUCAGGUCUGAGGUGUUUCAGUUGGUCAUUCAGACACCAGUAAGAUUAAACAGACUGGUCCACCAAGCAUCCAUCUUGCAAAACCAGACAAUGGCUGUAAGUUGUCGAGUCAACUCAGGCACCGACCUUGUUUAUACCUGGAGGUUUGGUGAUGGAACCGUGAAGUCUGGCGGACAGAGGGAACAACACGUUUUCCACAGGAUAGGAGAGUUCACUAUUGAGGUGAUGGUGUCAAAUUUGGUCAGUUCAGCAUCACUGCACAGCCAGCUUUUUGUGGUGGAUCGGCCUUGUCAGCCUCCAUCAGUCAAAAACAUGGGACCACGCAAGAUUCAGAUGCGGAGAUUUGAAGUUACCCACCUGGGAGUAACCUAUGAUGCUGACAUUGACUGUGACCAUGCAGCUGGUCUGACCUACUCGUGGCAGCUGUUUGACUCUGCAGGUGGACUGAUCCCUUUGACAAACACUCACCGCCAGAGUCUGACUGUGCCAAGCUACCUACUGCAGUGUGACACCUACACUGCUGUGGCGCGGGUUGCGGUCAUUGGCAGUGUUGUCUACAGUAACUACAGCGUCAAACUUGAAGUGGUGCCCAGCUCUCCAGUGGCUUCUAUUCAUGGUGCCACGAAUAUUCUGGUGAACAAGUGGAACAAUGACAUGGUGGUCUUGGAUGGAAGGGAGUCCCACAACCCUGAUUACCCUGAGAUUCCAGUCAGCUUCACCUGGACGUGUGAACCGGUCAGCUCCAUAAAGACUUCCUGUUUCAACCAACACGUCAACACGUCUUCCUCUCUACUCCAGUUCCCAGUUAAUAGCCUCAAGGGUCAUUUUGACCAGUUCCAUGUUACGCUCACUGUCCACAGUGGGCAGCGAUGGGCUUCAUCAGAGGUGUUUGUCACACUCACCUCACAAUCUGUCAGAAAGAUGAUGGUCCACUGUCCUCAGUGUCAGGGGGACCAGGUGAACUGGGAUCAGCCGUUUACCCUCUUUUCUGGCUGUGUGGAUUGUGAUGUAUCCUCAGACAAUAUCCAAUACACCUGGAAUCUGUACACAGUUAACGCCACAACCAAACCAGUCUUUGAGGUUCCCUUUUGUUAUUUGGCACAACUUGGCGCUCCAUCUCACUUAAUAGAAGGUUCUACUACCACCAAAGCGACUCCUGGACCUCCACCAUCACCCACUGCAGAGACCUCUCCCCACACUGGAAAUGGAAUCUUGACUCGUCCACUAGACAGGUUCACCCACAUGGAGCCUCUGAACCUGCAGUUUCACGAGGACAACAGACCCUUAGAUGCCAGUGGUUUCCGUAUCGAUGCUGAAUCCUCUGCUGACUGGACCUUUGACUAUGCUGCUGCAGAGAUUGUUGAUUAUGGGGAAGGUCAAGACUACGAUGUUUCCAAGCCAGUGACAGAGGAGGGAGAUCCUGGAAAGUCUCCUGGGCGACCUAUGAGUACAUUUUCUCCCAUCGUCAUGUCUAAUAAGUUUAACUAUAAUUUAAUGGCCCUUUUUUCCCUACCAGGGGUUGAUGGCGAGAUUCUCAUUCCAGGGGAUGAUUUACACUUCACAUUAGUGUCACAUGACAACCAGGGCAGCAAUCUGGUGGACUCUAGUCGAGCUGCCGUCAUUCAAAAAUCCACUUUGCUGGACUUAGCUCGAGUACCAGUCAACCGACAGUUGUUCGAGUCCUUCACUCACUCAGGGACAUCUUCAUCUGCUCUCAGUUUUAGACCCUUCAGUUUAAAGCAGAGCAGCCGAUACAUGCUGCAGGUCACAGCUACGUCCAGUGGUAGUUCACUAGGUCAUGCCCAGAUCUUCUUGGUGGUGAAACCUGCUCCAAAAGGAAUGACGUGUCAAGUACAACCCACCGUUGGAACGGAGUUAUACACACAAUUCAGCAUCUUCUGUGCAUCAGGGAGAACGGACCUUGUGUAUGAAUACAGCUACAGUGUUGGAGCCCGACCAGCCCAGAUAAUGUACAAGGGCACUGACUUCCAAUACUUCUUUCAUCUUCCUUCUGGAGAGCCCAGUAAUGAUUAUCGAGUGACUAUUUACACAAGGAUCAGGAGCAGCUUAUUUGGAACAUCAACAAAGGUCUGUCCUGUUCACGUGCAAGUUCAGCCGAGCUUUGUCAGAGAAAUGACGUCAGCAGAUCCCGAGUCCCAGCUGUCAAAGUUAAGUAUAGAAACGCUGACUCCUUUGGUGAAGCUUGGAAAUGAAGCGGAGAUCAGAAACUACAUCAGUUUGCUAUCUAACGUGUUGAACAGAACUGAUGGACAAAACAUUAGUGCACAAAGAAGAUUACACAGUGUCCUCGUAUGCACAAUGUGUGAACUUGAAGCUGAUAGUCAGGCUUCCAUGUUGGACAACAUCAGCGUUCUCAAAGACCUUUUACGUGUUUCAAGUCAAGUGACGAUGUUGAGUGUGAAGCGAGUGACGGCUCAUAUUCAAACAGUAUCAUUGCAGUUCUCUGACCCCACUGGCCCCUCUCUGUACAAUCUGGACCAACAGAUGUUGAGAAAUUUACUCACCCUUCUUUCUUACAGCCUGCAGGCUGCUGAAGCACACUAUAUUCCCAAAAGUGCUGAAAACACACAGGAUAUAAUCUUGGAGACUUUUAUUCAGAAGGAAAGAAUUUUGCCUGAUAAUGGCUGCACAAAAUUUCCGUACAUUUCCAUGAAAACCAGAAAGAGAAUUGUGAGACAUGUUCUGCAGUUGGCAUCUGAACUCAUUAUGGUGUACGUCUCAUUGUUGAAAGUCAGAGAGCACAAAGUCAUCACAGGAGGGAUGUUUUUCCAUAUGGCACACCUGAACCAAUCAUUCUCCACCCUCAGCUGCAGCUCCUGCUCCCUCUACAUGCCCACCUCUCUCACCCGCCUUCUGCAUGACAGAGAGAAGUGCGUCGUCACUCUGCUCGCUGAACUCACUCACAGUCCGUACACAUGGGCUCGAUAUCCUCCACAGAUGAGUGGUCCGGUAAUCGACAUGAGUUUGUACAAAUGUAGCUCAAAAAAUAAAAUCUCAAUUCGAGCCCUUGUUGAGCCAAUAAUCAUCGAAGUACAUCGACCGGAGAGGGACCAAGAAACCUCCAUGUAUGAACUACUGCGUGGCAGCAUCAGCUAUCACAGCUUCAACAUCACUGAGAAACUGCUGCAGCAGUCGAUACAACUGAGGGUGAAGUUUUCACCAGCAGCCGACAAGCCAUUUCCGAUCAUGCUUCUGUUUAGGAUGUAUGAGAGACCGACCCCCAGCACGUACCACCGACAGAAGUUUUACCAGUGGAAAAGCUUGUCAACAUACAUCACUUUCCCACCUUCUUAUUUUAAUGCUGCAGGCUUGGGUCACCUGGCACUACUAAAUGCUGAUUUUGAGCGUCCUCUGAGAAACCAUCAUCUAAGCAGGCAGAUCAACUACAGUUUGGAAAUUGUCACCACUCAAUGUUUGUCCUGGGACGAGCCGCGGGAUGGCUGGACUCACCAUGGGUGCCGGACACAUCAGACAGAAGCAACAGCUGCGGUCAACUGCAGCUGUUACCAUUUGAGGCCGCUCACUGUGGCACAAGAGCAAAUUCCAAGCCUUCAUGACACCACAGAGCUUGACCCAUCCCUGAGCGUGUCCAGUGACCUGAGCAUUGUCAGCGUGCUGUUGGUUGUUGUUUGUUUGUUUGUGCCAAUGCUGGUCAUGUGCAGGAGAGCUGACCUCAUCUCUAAAGACGAUCAAAGGGUUCACUACCUGGCUGACAACUCGCCCUGGGACUCACAUCUGUAUGCAGUUACCAUCCACACUGGUCUCUGCUCUGCUGCCAGGAUGAGUGCAAAGGUUUUCAUAGUGUUGUAUGGAGAAGAUGGUGUUUCCCAGACGAGAGAACUACAAGUCCCAGGCUGCACUUUGUUUGGAAAGAACUCCCAGAACACUUUCAUACUCAGUGUGUCAGAGCACCUCGGCCCAGUCCGUGGGCUUCACAUCUGGCAUGACAACUCCGGACCCUCCCCAUUCUGGUACAUCAAACUCAUCGAAGUGGCUGAGGUGAAUAGUCUGUAUGUGAAGCAACAAACCUGGUUCUUUCUCUGUCAGUGCUGGCUGGCUGUCAGUCAGGGUGACGGUCAAGUUGAGCGAAGACUCCGAAGUACUCGUGCAGUAAGUCUAGCUCAGAUGUGGCGCCUCAGACUGCCUGACUACCUGUCAGAUUACCACAUCUGGAUGUCGGUGUACAGCCACCCCAGGCCCAGUUCAUUCACACACACUCAGAGGCUGGGGCUGUGUCUGCUGCUGCUCCUGGGCUACGCAGGUGCCAACACAGUGGUGGUUUCCCAAAUGAACCAACUGCUUCCAUCCGACCUGGGCUUUGUGUGUGUGUCUUCGCUCGCUGUGAGAACAGGAUUCUUAAGUGUAAUGGCAGUGUUGCCAUUAGCAACGCUGGUAGACGUUUUUUUCAGAUGGUGUGCAGUGAAGAAUAAGCACACCAGUCAAGACAGCAGUAUGAUGUCUGGUCAGACAACAAAAGCUCAUCAUGCUUGGUUGAAUCUGCAAAAGCAGGAUGGUGCAUAUUCACUCUCUUUGGAAGACCUGGAAAAAGAUGCCAGUGAUUAUGGAAUAUUUAAGAAAACAAAUUCUCCAAUACAAAGACUCAGCCAAACCUGUCUGAGUGGUAGCAUUGUGUUUGAAAAAUGUCACAUGAUCGACAACACAGGAGGAAUCGUUGAUACCUGGAAGGGGACAGAACAAUUGGAUGGCAGAUCUGACCCAGAUAUCAUCCGUGACUCCCCUGAUACCAAAGGACUGGAUGAGAAAAAGAAGAAUUCCCAGUGGUUUCCCCAUUUGGCCUGGACACUGUGUCUGUUGCUGUCUCUCCACUGCUUCCUUAUUUCAGCAGUCCUGGGAUCAAGCUUCAGUGACGGCAAGGUUCUACUCUGGAUCCAUUCUUUCUUCUUCUCCCUUCUGUUUUGCAUUUUUUUCAUCCAGCCUGCAUUGAUACUCGCACUGACGGCAGCUGUGUGCUUUAACACUAAAGUCUUCAGAGUCACUGAGCUGGAAACGUUAACAGCUGUGGAGAACUUCAGUCUCACUUUGCUUCCAGAGAGACCUCAAACGUUUGAGAAGCUGCUUGGAGCACGCCGGCGUGCCAGGUACCUGCAACUGGUACGCCCGCCUUCCCACAUGGAUCUGAGGAACGUUCGUGCAAGGAAGACAAGAGAGAAUCGGAUUGGAGAUACUGUCAGGGACUUAUGUGUAUGUGUCGCCAUGAUAAUGACGCUCAUGAACAGCGGCAGCUCAGUCUCCGACCAACAACCGCUCAACACAAUGAUCCAGCAGCAACUCACCUGGGAGGUGGAUGGGCGUAGGCAAACAGAUGCUGACUGGUGGGAGUGGGUGCAAAACCAGCUACUUGACGUGAUGUACAACAACAACUCAGCACCUGAGGCACUGCAUCAUAUUCUCAUUGGAAAACCAUUACUGCAGAAAAUGGAUAUAUUAGAGUCAUUUCAGUGCCAGGUCUUGAGAAUGACUGUGGGAAUACAAGGUCACCAAGGUUGUGAACAAGGCGAAACAGUUCACUUGGGACACACAAGGAGUGAAGCGGCCCACAAACUGAAAGUGCUGGAGUUAGGAAGCUGGCUGGGAAAAGGGACUAUGGACAUAAAGGUCCGAUUCACCUUCUUCAGUCCAGCUCCCAAUUUGUUCACCACAGUCACCUCUGUUGCUGAGCGACGCCUGACUGGUGUUUUGCUGCCCCCUGCCAAAGUCCAGUCGGUUCAGCUUCUUCACCGUCCUGCUCUCCAUGAUUACGGUGCUAUGGUGUGCCAGCUUCUCUUCGUGGUGCUUUCUCUGCUGCAUCUCUGGCUCCAAAUAUAUGCUGCAGGUCAGCAGGGGUUGAUCAGAUACUGCAAAUCACCCUGGAAGUGGCUGGAACUGAUUGUGCUGCUGGUCACCCUCCUGUACCUUGUACGGCACAUGGACCAAUCCUCCCUUCUCAAGGACGUGGUGGACCUGAUGCAAAGACACCAGUACAGAGAACACGUGGAUGUCAGCCAGCUGGCCACCAGAGAACAAGAAAUCCAAUCUCUUCGUGGCAUUCUACUGCUCCUUCUUGUGGUGAAGUGUGUGACAGUGGUGAAGGUGAACAAGACGGUGGCUCCUAAUGUAAACUGCACCAAACGGCUGCGGUCUGUGAUUUCAAGUGUCAUCCUCUUGGUGGCAGUCAGUAUCAUCCGAUCUCUGCUGAGUAAAGGGCACAACCUUGAGAUCUCUGGAUCUAACUUCCUCCACUAUAGAGCUCUGAGUCUGUCAUCUGCUGUCCUGUUGUCAACUCUGACAAUGUCUUUCUCAUCGAUUAAAAAAGCAAAGCCAUCACAGAGCAGGACAGGAGCUUGCACAGUAGCAGAGUUGGUUGACUACAUCAGACGAAAAGCCCGUGAGCUCACUGCUGGGCCACCGCAAACAGACGUGGAUGUGAAAAGGUACUACCUUGAGGAGUUUGACUGUUUACUGGAUGAGUUGCUGUACAGACUAAACAGCUUGUACUACACACUCCCUGGGCCCUCACUCACUCCGGAGCCAGUCGACACGGACUCACAGAGCUGGACUGAAACAGCACUGACCAGUGAUCAGACAGGGCUCGAUGCUCAGGAUCUGGGAUUAAACAAAAAGGGCACUGGUGGAGAAGAGCCAUGCCUGAAGGGACAAACAAAUCUGUUUCAAGAAGAAGAUCUAAUCCGAGAAGGUGUUUCAUCUCAGUCGUUUGAGCCAACUCUCCACAGCUCUCACAUGACUCCAAACUGCUUCAGACGCAUUGAAGAUGAUCGGCCAAUGGCUCGAUCAAUAGGAAAUGUACUGGUGGAGGUUGUGGUACAUCAGGAGCCGUAGAGUGUGACCAAUGGAGAUGGGUUGUUUUUCCUUGGUGAUAUCACAACUAUUAUUGGCAAGAUGGAUUGUUCUCACUUUUGAGUUUAAGGUGUUAAAGUAGUCCACUUUUGUGCUGCUUCAAAUAUCUCUUUGCGUCAUGUGUCCCUGAACGGUCCUCUAAAAUAUGCUUUCCGCAACAGCAUAUCCCCUGUUUGGAUUGAGUACUUUCUCAUUGCUCGAGAAUUGGGGACACCGAUCUACUUUCCCAGUGCUGCACACUAAACAGCAAAUAAAUAUACAUGUCACCAAUCUGUGAUGGUAAAGAGAUCCACCAGUGAGUCACAUCUUUCCAUUUGCAACAGAGUUGACCUGCAUGAGAGUGAUGUGAUGUAUCAGAUAUGCACACACCCUAUGGAAUCUCUUUGUAGAAGGUGCACCAUUGUCUGUAAAUAUGCUGUUGUGUGUUUGUGUUGUA